GCAUUUCGAGACAAAUGAAAGCAAAUAUUAAUAUUAAUAUUAAUAUGAAUAUUGUGUGAAAUGAUUGACUGAAUCCUAAAUCUAUAUUUCAUUCAUUCAUUCAUUUAUUCAUUGAUUGCAAGUGUUUUGACAACAAGUGAAACAUUGAUGACUUAAUGUCUGCAAACAAGCCAUCAGUUGACAGACACUGAAGACACGAACGAUGAGAAGUCGAAGCAAUUCCGGGGUUCGUCUCGAUUACUACCAGAGGAUUGUCUACCGAACCAUUUUGGACCAUCAGUCAACUGUCUGUGACUUCUGUGCUUGCUACUCUUCAGCUUCGUUAAGGCCCCAAGCAGAGCUAAUGAUGAAUGCAGUGACAGGUCUUCUACCGACCAGUCAUUAUCACCGCAAUGGGAGCACUGGUGGCACCGGUGGCUCAGACCACGCGUGGGUUCGGGACAACGUGUACUCAAUCGUUGCCGUUUGGGCCCUCAGUAUGGCCUACAAGAAGAACACCGACUUGGAUGAGGACAGGGCUAAGACCUAUGAGUUGGAGCAGUCGUGCGUCAAACUGAUGAGAGGGCUGUUGAUGGCAAUGAUCCGACAGAAGGACAAACUCGAGGCCUUCAAAGAGACCCAAUCGGUGUCGGACUCACUGCACGCCAAGUACUCGUCGGACACGAUGUUGACAGUGGUUGGCGACCACGAGUGGGGACACCUCCAGUUGGACGCCACCUCUCUCUUCCUUCUGGUUUUGGCACAAAUGACAGCCUCUGGUCUGCAGAUUAUCUUCAACUUGGAUGAAGUGGCGUUCGUCCAGAACCUGGUCUUCUACAUAGAGUCUGCGUAUUGUAUCCCAGACUACGGCAUAUGGGAGAGGGGCGACAAAACCAAUCACGGACUCCCGGAGCUCAAUGCCAGCUCUAUUGGUAUGGCCAAAGCGGCGCUCGAGGCUAUGAACGAAUUGGAUCUGUUUGGAGGGCGAGGGGGCCCGUCGUCUGUGAUUCACGUGUUGGCAGACGAGGCGCAGAAAUGUCACGCAGUGUUGCAGUCAAUGCUUCCUCGAGAGUCCAACUCGAAGGAAGUGGACGGCGCUCUCCUGUCGAUCAUCGGAUUCCCUGCCUUUGCUCUCGAGGACAAAGAGCUCAUCAAAACGACUCGUAAUAAUAUAAUUCAAAAACUUCAGGGAAGGUAUGGCUGCAAACGCUUCCUUAGGGACGGCUUUCGUACGGCUAAAGAGGAUCCGACGCGACUCUACUACGAGCCGUCGGAACUGAAAGUGUUUGAGAGCAUAGAGUGCGAAUGGCCGCUCUUCUUCUGCUAUCUCAUUCUCGACGGACUCUUCAAUGGCGACAGAGAUAUGGUCGAGGAAUACUCAGAAGCACUGGAAGGCCUGUUAGUCAAGACCGAUGAUGGCCUUAAGCUGGUGCCUGAGAUGUAUGCCAUUCCCGGACAUUUGGUCGAACAGGAAUACAGAGAACCGCACAGUCAGGAGAGGUAUGCCAUUGGGUCGUGUCCUUUCAUGUGGGCGCAGUCGUUAUACAUUGUGGGCCGCCUACUCCAAGAAGGCUUUAUAGCGCCGGGAGAGCUCGACCCUCUCAACAGACGACUCGGCGCUGAAAAGAAACCCGAUGUUGUGGUCCAGGUUGUCAUAUUAGCCGAAGACUCGAAAGUUCAGGAGAAACUCAUUCAACACGACAUUAAUAUCAAGACUUUGGAAGAAGUGGCGCCUAUCGAAGUACAACCGGCCAGAGUGUUGAGUCAUUUGUACGCAUAUUUAGGUUAUAACAAAAAAUUAGCGCUUUCUGGCCGUCAAUCACGAGAAGUGGGACUUUUAAGUACAAGUAAAUUGUAUUCAUUACAGGACAAGAUCUUUGCCUUUACUCCUCAGUUCGUGGAUGAGCACCGAUAUUAUAUCGCUUCCGACACUAACUUAAUGUUGGAUACGUUUAAGUCUGAAAUCGCAUUCUUGAAAGUCAAUUGGCGAAUGUUAGGCCGACCUACUGUUGUCAUUCCCCUCAGCUCUCGCAUUAUUGGAGAGGGCGAUCCCGAGGGCCUCAACGAUAGUGUCAAAGAUUUCCUCGAAAAGGAACUCAAGAAACCUUUUGUCCGCAAAAUCUCUCGUCAAGUAUCGGCAAAACGUAAGAUUAGUAUUCGGUCCCGAAAGUCAGGCGUCGCCGGUAUUAUUAAAAGGACUCGUUCUAUACAAGUGGAUCAAUACGAUCCCGAUUUAACUCAAUUGAGAUCUAGUUAUUUGGAGAGUAAAUCUCAGACCCAGUCGAGUGCUUCGAAACCCUCAUCGGAACACUCAUCCACUCAGUCGUCUCCACUGCACGAACCCAUUGCCUCAAUGGCAGAGAGCAGUGAUAGCCUGGACGGCGCCCACAACACUCUCGGGUUCACCAAAAUGGAUGUCUCGAAGCCCAUUGAAAAACGUUUGCGAGGAUUAUCUGAAUUGCAUAUCAAUGAAGAUAUCAAAGACGAGGAGCUGUUGAAUAUGUAUAGAGAGGCCGAGGGGUUAGAGGAACAGGCGGACAUUCUUCACUAUUUGUUUUUUAAUAAAGGCCUGUCGUGGGAAACAGGUUUAGGCGGUGAGCGACCCAUGAAAGUGAGAGAUCUGUUGAAAGAGCUCUACGAGAAGGCUUCGAGUGAAAGGAAGUGGGCGUUAGUGCGACACUCGGCGGGAAUGCUCGGCAAACAAGUUGAAGAUUUGGCCAAAUCUGUGGCCGAUAUGUUGGUCCGACAGAAGCAGAUUACGGUUGGAAUGCCUCCCCAUUACGAACAGGCCAUCAUUAGGCCAUUGCCUGCCAAAGAGUUGCGCCAAAUCAUUGAUCAGACUCAUGGCGGCGAUCAGAGCACAGCCAUGUUGACUCAGGAACUGCUCAUUUACUUAGCAAUGUUUAUACGAACUGAACCGCAAUUAUUCCAAGAGAUGCUUCGGCUGAGAGUUGGACUCAUCAUACAAGUGAUGGCAUCCGAGUUGGCCCGCGCUCUCAAGUGUGACGGCGAAGAGGCCUCCGACCAUUUACUCAACUUAAGUCCUUAUGAAAUGAAAACACUUUUGCAUCACAUUCUUAGUGGCAAAGAGUUUACCGUCAAAAGUGCACGCAGCGGUCGAGUCUCUAUUAUGAACGACCGAAUGCUCAGUAAAAAGAGUUUUGUGGACAACAUUUCGCCCAUCGCUGAGAACAGUGUAACGAGUGUUGAGGACUUUGGCUUAGAGGAGGACCGUCAGGGACAGUGGCUUAGACGCCGACGACUUGAUGGCGCUUUGAAUCGCGUUCCCAUUGGCUUCUACACCAGGUCAAUCAUUACUCGCAUCCAGUGUCAGGGCAUUGCUAUUGAGGGUCGCAUUCUUAUGCAACAAUUGACUCGAGAGAUGACAUCCGAAGAACUCAAGUUUGCACUUCAGGCCGAAUCUGUUCUCAAUUGUGUGCCUCAGCCCGAGUACAGACAGCUGAUGGUCGAGGCCUUAAUGGUGUUGACUCUUCUGGUGGAACACGAAUGCGUCAAAACAUUGGGCGGUAUUAUAAACAUAGAGCAGUUGGUGCACAGGGCUAACCAGAUCUUCCUCGAGGACCAGCGGUCGGUCAACGGCGACGCCACUCUCUGUUGUGCCUGUAAUGCCAAUCAACGCAUCACUUAUUGUGGCGGCGCUGCAAACAUAUGUCAGCACUUCUACGACAGCGCCCCGUCUGGCAAUUACGGGACAAUGACUUACCUGAUCCGAGCCGUCACUCUCACUCUGGACUUAACUCCCAAAAAUGGAAUCGAUUGCACCGUUAGUUGAGUUGAAUGACAAUCAAUAGUUGUGCUCAUUAUAUAUAAUCCAACACUGAAUCUCAGUUCAACAUUAAAUUUGUUGAUUUUUAGUAGAAUAUAUUUUUUGGUUUAUGUUUCAUAUGAUUUGAGUGAUAACUUACGAUUAGUAUAGCAUCUAAAGCUGUAUAAC